UUGAAGCGCGGCUUGAUUCGCUGGAAAAAAGGAGGCAGUAUGACGGGCGGGCGGGCGGUGUUCUUGGGAUUUUUUGGCAUAUACCGCAGUCAGGUUCGGCGGCGGGCGGCGUUCACACUCUCCUCAGCUUUGUGCUAUAUAUCUGUAUCAUACACGCGACACGAUUGUACAACAUCUGGAGGUGUCUCUAUGGAAACAUGA